GGAGGUUUCAUGUCGGUGCUUUCUGCUAUUAGCAUUGUAUUUGAAAGAAAUAAUAUGUUACCUUGAUAUCUAUUCUGCAUACAAUUCACCGAGUCGGUACUCCGCCACUGAUAACAAAAUGCUAGCCAAACAAAAAUGAACCUAAGCCUGCUCUGGUUUCAAUGACAAUUUUGUUCGGUGUAGUUAAAUUUUUCUUAAUUAAAAAUAGACAUUCUCAUUAACGAUGUUUCAUCUGACACGUUUUACUUUCACUUUUACUUUGUUAGUGAAAAUUCAUAGUGUUUUUAACAUCAAAGAGGAUCAAGCCCACUGGAGAACUUUAGGUGAAAAGGAACUCAAAGAGGCUCUUACUAAAAGAACCAUAGAUGGUAUUGCGAAAAAUGUGAUACUAUUUGUGGGAGAUGGAUUGGGUCCUACCACAGUUACAAGCUCAAGGAUAUAUGGGCCAGGCGAAACUGGACACUUGUCCUGGGAAAAGUUCAGCAAUAUUGGCGUACUGAAGACAUACUCUGCUAACAAGCUGGUACCAGACUCCUGUAGUACCGCCACAGCCUUGUUCUGUGGGGUCAAAGCCAAUCACAAAACUUCAGGAGUGGAUGCUACUGUGGAUGUGGAUGAUUGUCAAGCGUCUCUGAAACACGAAGCUCAGCUCAACAGCAUCAUCGGAUGGGCUCAAGAUGCUGGAAAAGCUACAGGUUUCGUGACCACAACUAGGGUAACGCAUGCAACUCCCAGCGCCCUCUAUGCACAUACUCCCAACAGGAAUUGGGAAUGUGAAAGCAAGAUACCGACAGGUAGUUCACAAUGCAAAGACAUUGCUAGGCAGCUGAUAGAAGAUAUGCCGGGAAAAAAUAUUCAGGUAAUUAUGGGUGGCGGAAGACAGUGCCUGCAAUCGGAUGUGAAAGGGUCCCCAGCAGAUCCAAUAGACACGUGGAGUUGUUACAGCAAAGACGGCAGGGAUUUAAUCAGGGACUGGAUUGUGGACAAAUCGAAACGUAAAGCGACAUUCCAGGUGCUACAGAAUAACGAAGAGUUACAAAAGGCAGAUUUGAAUGCUGAAUAUACUUUGGGGAUAUUUGCCAAUGGCCACCUGAAAAUGGAUUUCGAAAGAGACAAAGGACCGAAAGGAAUGCCGUCUCUGCUCAAUAUGACUGAAACGGCUAUAAAGCUCUUGAGCUCACAUAAAAAUGGUUACGUUUUGAUGGUAGAAGGAGGUAUGAUAGAUUUUGCACAUCACCGAGGUCAUGCUAGAAAGGCAUUGGAUGAAACAGUUGCUUUUAGUGAUGCCAUUGCUAGAGCAUUGGAAGUAACUGACCCUAAAGAAACUCUUAUCAUAGUGACCAGUGACCAUUCGCACUCUAUGGUUUUCUCUGGAUAUCCUGACAGAGGGACUAAUGUUUUAUCUUAUACAGAAUCAGCAAUGGAUAAGGAGCCGUUCACGUCUCUUCUUUAUGGCACUGGUGGUCCAAACAACUACCAAUUCACUGUUGAAAAUAAUACUGCCAAACGGAUAGAUCCAUCCAAGAAUGAUACAACCGAUUUCGAGUACUCCCAACAAGCCGUAGUGCUGACAGAUGAAGUUACACAUAGUGGCACUGACGUUUUAGUCUACGCUAAUGGUCCAAUGGCACAUCUAUUCACGUCUGUCCACGAGCAAAGCUACGUAGCUUACGUUAUCAGUUACGCAGCUAGAAUCGGUCCACAUAGAGAUGGUCUUGGAAACGGAACAACCAGCUUGUCAGUAAAUAUGCUUUCCAUGAUAGUUCUAAUUACUAUUCCAAUAAUAAAGUAUUACACCUCCUAAGCAA